UCCUCCCUCUUCCCCCACCUCCGCGGUGGAGAAACUCUAGAGGCGCGUUCUCUAGCCAGUGGUUGGCAGUUCCAUUAGGCUUGCACUUCGUCCUCCGCCUCCGUUACUUCCUUAUUCUCCAUCCCGAAUCCGAAAAGCGUAAAGGCCACAGAUAUGGAUAACGCUGGCAAGGAACGGGAGGCUGUUCAGCUGAUGGCGGAGGCCGAGAAACGCGUUAAGUCCUCCCACUCAUUCUUGAGAGGGUUGUUUGGAGGAAAUACAAGAAUAGAAGAGGCUUGUGAAAUGUAUACGAGAGCUGCAAACAUGUUCAAGAUGGCCAAAAAUUGGAGUGCUGCAGGAAAUGCCUUUUGUCAGGCGGCUAAGCUGCAUAUGCAGCUACAGAGCAAACAUGACUCUGCUACAAGUUUUGUGGAUGCUGGAAAUGCUUACAAAAAGGCUGAUCCACAAGAGGCUAUCAACUGCUUAAAUGCAGCCAUCGAUAUUUACACAGACAUGGGAAGAUUUACAAUUGCAGCCAAGCAUCACAUUACUAUUGCUGAAAUAUAUGAAACUGAGCUGGUAGAUAUUGAAAAGGCUAUUGCGCAUUAUGAACAAUCAGCUGACUAUUAUAAAGGAGAAGAAUCAAACAGUUCAGCCAACAAGUGUCUUCUGAAAGUUGCAGCUUAUGCUGCUCAACUAGAACAGUACCAGAAAGCAAUUGAAAUCUAUGAGCAGGUUGGGGCAAACACUAUGGACAAUCCUUUGUUGAAGUACAGUGCAAAAGAUUACUUCUUUAAAGCGGCCCUUUGUCACUUCAUAGUUGAUGAAUUGAACGCUAAGCUUGCUCUCGAAAAAUAUGAAGAAAUGUUUCCAGCAUUUACUGAUUCUAGGGAAUGCAAAUUAUUAAAAAAACUGCUAGAAGCUCAUGAGGAACAGAACAGUGAAGCUUAUACUGAAGCAGUUAAAGAAUUUGAUUCAAUAUCUCGCUUGGAUCAGUGGCUUACUACUAUGUUACUUCGUAUCAAAAAGUCAAUUCAAGGAGAUGGAGAAGUGGAUGGAGACCUGAAGUGAAUUGCCUAUAAUCUUUGUGGCAUGCAGCCUAACUCCUAUUUAUAUAUAUAUAUACACACACAUAUAUAUAUGUUAAUGGUCAGUGACCAUUACGGGAUAUCCCAUUUCCCAUUAAUGGCUUCAUUUUUGUUGCAUAUUAACCAGAUGAUUGCAUAUUGUUUUAAGAUCCUUGUGUCUAUGUUAUGAUGAAAUGGAUAAAUAAGGGUCCUCUAAUGUUGUUUGUAUGUGAUUUGGAAAUAGUAUAUGUCAGAUUUCUAAGAUCUCUGGAAAAAAUACUUCAUAAAAUAAUAUAUUUUUCAUUCCUUUUCAAUGUUUAAAGAACUGACAUUUUAUUUUUGCUUGUUUUUGUAUGGUGCCUUAGGCUUUAGCACCAAUUCAAUUAUGUAAAUAUAUGCUUUAUGCAUAUGGAAUACACAAUAGCAUUUUAAUCUAUACUAGCUUUAAACAUAUAUGUGUAAUUGGCAGUUGUUGGGAAUGAGUUUAUCCUUUCGUUAGAAACAAAUUUGUUUUUUAUUUUCAUUAUUACCAACUAUCUUAUUGGUGCUAGUGAUUAGCUCCUUUGUUUUAUACCCUGUUUAUGGGCAUAAAAAGAGGUUGUGUAGUGAUCUAGGUCUGUUGCUGUUACUUGUUAUAACUAUGGGGACAGCCAACAGUUAAUUUUUCUCAUGCCAGGAAAUUAAAAUCAAAUUCAAUCAUAUCAUAUACACAUAUAUAUUAAUGAAAAAAUUGAUGAGGAACAAAACAUGGAGCAAAGAUUUUUAGAGAUUGAUAUUGUAGGCUAAAUUAUUUAAAAGUCAGAAAAUUUUCAGUUCAAACCCAGUUUCUGGCACCUAUUAGUUGAUGACUAAGGUUAAGUAGCUUAAUAAUAUCUUUGAACUUGUUUCCUUACCUGUAAAAUGGUAAUACUACCUGUGGUACUUCCCUCACACUGUUUUUUUGUGAGCCCUUAAAAUGAGAUAAUGUUCAUGAAUUAUUUCACAAAUUUUUAAUUGCAUUUUAAAAUAUCAGUUAUUAUUAUUAUCCCAUACAACUAUAUAAGCAUUUAGAAAACUUGUUACAGUGUAUAUUUUUUCAUUUUUUCUAGUUUGAAGUAUUAGCGCAUUUUUCAGAUAAUAAAAAAGUAAGUGAACUGUAUUUACAAUGUGAUAAUAAUUGAAAUAUUCUAUAACCUCUAAACAAAUGUUUGUAUAAUAGACACAGAAAAAUAUUUCACACUCCUAGCUGUUAUUAUACAAAUUACUAAAUGUAGAUAGUACAAUAAUAUUUCCAUUUCCUUACUUUGGGUACACAUAAAGUAUGUGUGUAAUACUAUAUGAAAUAGUUCUUUUAUUAGGAAAUUCUCAUUCUUAAUUUUUGGUAGAAGUUAUUUCCAUCUCCAGAAUCACAGAAAAAGGGUUUGAUCAGAAAAUAUAAUUUUCUGUUUUUUUCAAUAUCACUUAAUUCUGCUAAGAUGUUGUACUGUUUUCUGUGUCAGGAAAAGAUAGCCUUUUAAGACUGUUGGCAGUGAGUAUAUGAAUUCAUUUGUUUUUAGUUGUAUGUUGCUCUUUUUUCCUCAUGCUUAUUCUUUUAGUUAGGAAGUUAGAUAAACUUACUAAGUAGGGGGGACCAUUAAGAAUUUCUCAGCAUAUGAUUGUAUAUUUGAAAGGUUUCCGUGUUUGAAACUAUUUUGCGCUAUCUAUAUUUUCAAUCUUCAUAUGCAACUUAUCUUAGUUCUAGGUUACUAAUCAGAUGCUGUAGGUAGACUAGCCUAUCACUGAGCUGCUAUUAAUAAUAGACUGAAAUGGUCAUGUUUAUAUUUUUUAAGAUGUUAAAAAUAAAUGUAAAGAGGUAUCUGAUAUCUUGUUUUAAACUAUAUUGCCCUAUUAAAGACAAAUGUUUUUGGUGACAAUGGAGCAAUCACAAGUACUAAUAAUAAUGUGGAAUUUAAAUGUAUGAUGUGCUGUUUUGUGGAUAUUCCUAAUUUAAAAGAUCUCUUUAUAAUCACUGUUUUCUUAAAAGUUAUCUGAAUCAUUUUUUUGGACUAAAAUAAUGAUGUAUUUUAGAAUAGUACAUUAACCCCAUACUGUCAAAAAAUGGAUAUUAUUUGGAGAUAAAUAAUGGUAGUAAACAGGUGACUCUUCUACACAAAGCAAUAUUAAGUAUGUUUACUUGGUAUGUUUUUUUCCUGCCUAUUUUCUAUCCACAUGGUAAUUAAGUAAAGAACAAGGUUAAUUGAUUUUGACAUGAUUUUAGCUUUACACGAUUGUAUACCAUUUCUGGGUUUUUUUUUUGUUUGUUUUUUUUUGUAUAUAUAAACCUUUAGUCUCCACCUAUAACUGGGUGUGUAUCACAGGGAAUCUGUAGUCAGAAAAUCCAGUGGACUGCCCUUUCCAAAAUACACUGGAGAAGAGAAAAUGAGAAAAAUAAACCCUGAUUUAAAAGCUUUUCAAAUAUUGUUUUGGCAGUUCUCUUUCAGUUUUUAGAAAGCUACAUGAUAUCAUCCUGAAAUGGUAUGUAAUGAAUGUUGAAAUCACAUGCCCAGAAGCAUCAAGAAUUUUGUUUACAGAUUAUUGUGAGAAUUUGGUUUAAUCCCAUUUCUAAUUUUGGGAAAAAAAACACUUUUCACUAAAUUUACACAUUCACUUUAUCUGUCUGCUUUUCUUCUGCAAAGCAUAUUUAUUAAUUGUGAUAAAUAUAAAUAAUGCCCAUUAAUUUUAUCUCUUUUAUACUUCUUGGAUUAGAAAUGCUGAAUUGUCUGUGACACUUUUAGGUUUAAUUAAAGGAGACAAAAAAAAAAAAAAAAGGUAAAGUGGAAAGAUCACUAGGUGUGCCGAUUUGCUUUAGUCAGUUUUUGAGGUGAGAGGGCACGUUUGAGGUGAGAUGGGGUUCUGUUUUAGUGAGGUAGUGCUAAGAAAUUAUUCAUGGUUUAAAAAAAUUAUCAAAACUUUUUUUUCAAAGUAUUAAACUGAGAGUUAAGGAAGAGCUUAACCUUUGCUUUGGCUCAUUUCAUCCAAGAAAUGAUUAUGGAGCACCUUCUUUGUGCUGUAUGUUGUGUUAGGAACUGUUCUAUAGGACUCUGCUUUUUCCCUCAAGGAAGAUAAAAUCUAUUGGGGGAGAUAAGACCUGUUUGUAUUUAUAUUCAAUAUCAGGAAAAAUGUUGUAUGUGAGAGAGAGUGAAAGUUCAAAAAUUGGCAAGAUUCUCUUGAGCUAAAAUGAUCGUAGAAGAAUUCUUAGAGAAGAUGGUAUUUGAGCUGGAACUAGAAGGAUAGGUAUGGUAUUGGCUGGUGAUAAUGGAAAGAAAAGGAGAUAUAAAAGACAUAUAGUAAGAAAUGAUAAGGCAAGGCAAGUCAUGUUCAAGAAAUGAGAAAUAAUACAUUUUUGUUGGAUUGUAGAAUAAUGAAUAGGAUAAUAAUGAGAGAGAAGUAGACUGGGGUCAGAUUAUAGAGUACCUUAAAUAUCAUACAGAUAAUUGCAUAUACUCACUAGGCAGUGGGGAGUUACGAAUAGUUUUUGAACUUAGGAGUGCAUAAUUAACAAAAUAGUAAUACUACUUUAUUAUUUGUUUAGCAUUGGACCAUAGAAUUGGAAGAUAAAGACUUGAGGACAUCAGUGAGGAGGUUGUGGCAGUAAUUUAAGUUGGUAAUAUCAAGAUAUUACAAAUAGGGUGUUGGGAUAGAAAGGAAGAAGUCACAUCUCUGGACUGACCAAUAAACCGUGAAGGAAUAUUCUUGUUCUAAAAUUCUGCAAAAUACAAUUAACAGUUAAAUCUAAAAUCAACAUUUAGUAAGCACCUUCUCUGUAGGCAGAACUCUGUAGUCAGUGCUGGGGAUAUGGCAGAUAAAUAUAAUAUGCAACAUUACAUGAUAAAUACCUGCAGUUGGAAAAUAAAAUGUCUUGUAAGGGCUGAGGAAGAGAAAAUUUUACUUACUUGGGCUAUGAAACCAGAAUAUUUUUUAGAACAGUAUAAUAUAAAUUAGAAAUUGAAAUGGAGCACAACACAAUAUUUCAAGAAGCUUUUGUCACUUUCCUUUGGAAUAACUUUUUUAAAUGAUCUUUCCUCAAACUUCAUUGGGCUAUAGGCAAAGUAACCAAAGAAGAAAGUCAGCUUAUUGAAUUGCCUGGUUGUGUAGGAAAAUAAAUUUCCACAAAUUAGACAAUUUACAUAAACACUUUUUGUGAUGGUCUGAUAGUACUGGAUAUUACCAAAAAUUUAUCAGAGGGUUAUUAUUCAUUUGCCAGUAUGAAUAAUACUUUUUUCUCCUUACUUAUAGAAUUUUAUCAGGACUGUGGUUCCUUCCCCCUUGCUUGCUAAUAUACACAUUUUUCUCCAAUCUUCUGUUCCUCAAGAUGUAAAGAUGGGGCAGUUAGGUGGCAUAGUGGAUAAAGCACCAGCCCUGAAGUCAGAAGGACCUGAGUUCAAAUCUGGUCUCAGACACUUAACACUUCCUAGCUGUGUGACCCUGGGCAAGUCACUUAACCCCAAUUGCUUCAGGGGAAAAAUAUGUGGUAAAGAUGAUUUUGAUUACUGAUUUUUUCUUUUAAGAAAGUUCUGUUUAUUUUUCUUUAUUAACACCCAACACUGUCAGUUCACCACAGACUAUAUAAGUGACAUGACACUUUGCUUUAAGGAUUCAGGUGUGUUAAAUGAUCAGUAUCACAAUCUGUAUUUGCAACAAAUAUUGUUUCAACACAAUAUCAGUGCUUGUUAAGAACUAAUAGCUAUUUGUUGCCCAGAAACAUAGGAAAAUAAUACUUCUUAUUGAUGGAACAAACUAACUAGAGGACAAAGACAUAUAUUCAUCCAAAAUCAAAACAAAACAAAACAAAAAAGAGUGAAUUUAAAUUUAAUUGCAUUGAACUGCUAUGCCAGUAUAAUGGAAUAGUGCCAUAUUUCUUCCAACAAGCUAAGGAGUUAGGUUUUCAAGGCUCAUAAAAUUUUCUUUACAAAGGACACUUAAUAAUUGUGAAAAUUAUGUUAAAAUUUUUGUAUUUUAGUAAUUCUGAUAUUCAUUUAUGACAAAUAUUUUUCCAUGGACCAACCAAGUUAUUUGAGAAAGCUUGUACUUGGUUAUUCAUGAUCAAAGAUGACAGUAAUAGGUAAAAUUUCUUACAGAAAAGCAUUGCUUUUGUGGAAAUGUUUUUACAACUUGUCUCUUGAUUUCCUUUUUGUGGUUACUUUUUUAUUUAUCCAAUGAUAUGAAAACAGUAUUUUUGCACAGUUGUGAUAUGCAUAAAUGAUCUCUGAUAGUAUUGCCAACUAUAUGCCCUAGCUUUUGUGGUAUUUUACAGUGUGUUUUCUCUGCUGUUGUGCACAUAUAUUUGUCUAAAUGUGAAACAUUGUGAUUUUUGUAGAUUUGGCAGGCUAGCAUGUCAACUAUAAUGUAAUUAGCUUGUGUUAUAAAUGGUGAUAACAGUUUUCAUAUCAUGUAAAAUACAGAUAAUAAAGCUGCUGAUAAUUCCUCCUAUCACUUUCUAAGUCAGGAAACUUAUCAUGAAAACUAUUAGUAACAACUCUGCCUUAGGAACAGAUUGUGUAUGUUUUGUGUGAACUUGUAUAGUAAUAAAGUCAAAAUUAUGAUUAA